CACACCGAAAUGUGUUGUUGUUCCCAUAGUUUAGAAACGAGUUGAUUUGAAAAAGAGUUUUAUUUGUAUUUAACUAAAUCCUUCUUAAGUUCUAAAGCAGAACCAAUUUAGUUCGAAGCACCAUCAGUCUUUAGGUACUUGCGUAUCAACAGCGCGUGUUGAUAGCUUUUUAGUUUCACAAAAUCUAGGAUUCAAAAAGUUCAAGACGCGAUGAAACGAGAAUAUAGAAAGCGGGCUGCAAAGCGGAAAUCUUUGGAAGCCCUGAAAACCCAAGUCUGGAAUGAAAACACGACAGAAACUGCAGUCGAAACUUCAGAAGCUACAAGUGUUGUUGGUUCAAAGUCAAGUGAAACGUCGAUAAACGAAAACGAAGUCACAGACAAAGGCGCGGCUCCUGAAAACAGUGAUGCACAAAACGAGAUCAAAACAGCUGGGAAAGUGCAUGAAGAUACAAUUGAAACCGGGAAAGGAAACACCGAUACGAACGAGUCUAAUACUUCGGAGACUGCUGUUGUUUUAAAAGAUGAAAACUUGCAGGAAAGAGUAAAUGAUACUUUGGAAAACGGGACGAAAGUCCCACAAACAGCAAGUUUAAACUCGGAAAACCAAGCAGAAGAUUUCCAGCGACACCCUGCGGAAAACAGCUCGACGAAAGAUUCGGCAGCUUCGUUUAUUGAACAACAAGCUCUGGCCUCUGCCGCAAAUGAGGCAGCAGUAAGGUUUUAUUCCAGUUUAAAUUUGCUGGCAACGCGUGCUUUCUUCAACGUAAAACAGGAACCGAUGGAUCUUCCUUUAGCAGAUAAACUCAUGUCGUCGUUUAACACUGCUGGCUAUUUCGGAGCAACACCUGACGCCCUUAUGGGUAGGGAUCUUCGAUCGCUAGGUGGAGAUAGCAACUUCCUGAGCGCUGCUUACCGAUCGCCGUUGGGUAUGGCACGCCCACCAGCGGAAUUAUCUCCCGACACUUUUGCUGAUCAGUUACGUCAUAAUGAUUCCGCAAGCAUGGUCGUAUGUAGACCUCAUACGGGCAAGACGAUGCAGAAUCCAUUUCACGCUUCUCUGGAGAGCCCACCAGGCAACAGCGGGCGAUCGAACACCUUACAGCAGAACCAUCAAUCCUCUACCAGUCUCCACCAUUUUGUAACUCGCUACACGAUCGAAAAACCGGACGACCCGUCUCGACUUGGCGUCGAAAUUUGCCUGGAGCAUAGCACUACUAACGAACCUGUUAUAGAAGUGGAAUGUGGUGGCAACAAAGGCAUGUUAUACGUCACCAAGCUAUGCCAGGGGAGCAAAGGUCAAUCUAUUCUCUUUAACGACGAAUGGCUUACUCCAAACGAAUUCCAAUUUAUCAGCGGACGUGAGACGGCAAAGGACUGGAAACGUAGCAUCCGGCAUUGUGGAAAAAGUCUAAAGACACUGAUGUCAAAAGGCAUUUUACAAGUUCAUCCUCCAGUAUGUGAAUGCGACUACUGUAAAGGACACGGGCCAGCCGUUGUGGAAAAACCAGGGAAAAAGCGGCCAGUAGGCUCGGGUUCGGCUGACAUUGUUCGGCGAAAUUCUAUGUCCGAAAACACAGCCGCUUCUACAGGUUCAUCUACCCCGUCUUCCACCGAUUCAAAUAAAGUUUUCGGAAUGCCAGACACACACGGCCCUACCACCAUUCAUAAAGGGAGAGAGGGCGGACUAAAUUCCAUCAUCUCUCAACUCCACAACAAAAAGGCUAUUUGCGGAAAUGACGUCACUGCUGGGACCGAAUCUCUUGAUCUGAGCGUUCGGUGUUCUUCCUCUACGUCACCGAAUGGCGAUUGUGAAAGAAAAAGACAACACCGACCAAGCAACAGUCAGAGUGAAAGCCCUCCAAUGAAAAGAAGACACUCGGACGACGACGAUGCUUUUCCAGUGCCCAACGGUAGGGAUAAUGAGCAUAAUGUAAGAGACAAAGACAGGGAAAGUUCUUCUGCUGAACCACUUUGCCUCGCCUCGCACGGAUCUUCUAAGAAGGAAAAAACGCACUCCAAUAAAACAAGCAAAAAAGAAAACGAUGUAAUAUUCGACCCUCGUCGCAUCGGAUCUAACGACCACAAUAAGUCGCCUAACGGAAGAAAUCAUUAUCCAGACUUCAACGAUUGUGCAUCGAACGGUUACCGACCAAACUUGGGCUUUGCUGAAUACGCUUUGUUUGACGCUAUGAAACGCGCAGUUGCGAGUGUCUCUGGUGGAUCCUACCCUGACAGUGUUAGUACCCCACCUCCUAACAGAAGAGACGUAUCUUCACCUAACAGAGGCUACAUCAAUCUUGACUCUACGUCACCACGGGGUCUUACAUCUCAAAAUUACCCGCAAUCCCGAAACCAACAGCCUAUGAUGGAACUAGUGUCUCCCCACCGUAAGAAUGGGACGUCUCGAGAAUCCUAUGGUUUCGGCAACUCGGUCGACUCUCGGUUACGAAACGGAGGCCUCUUCGACGCACCGUUGCCAAGUAACAAAGCGCCUGUUACGGUUCUACACCAUCGGCCCAACUCCUAUAGCCCCCACAGAAGUAACCCUUCCCAUACCCACCAUUACUAUGGCAUGCCACCACCUUCAAGCAGUCGCCACUCACCCGAUGGUAGGGGGGCUCGAACCCCGCGUAGGGAAGUUCCCUUUUCCGCUCCUGCCCGUUUUGAUCGGAAGACGAACACUCCAAUAAAAAAGACCCCGGAUCAUCAGAGGUCUCGUCUUCACGGAAGAUCGGAUGCGAGAGGAACAAAGAUGUUAGAUCUUCAGAAUCAUGCUAUACCAAUGAUGUCGCUGACAUACAGCAACAAAAAGGCUUCUCGUGGACGUCAAUCUGAUUCUAGUCCGCCUCAAUUCUCUACUGGAUCUGCAACUUCAAAUGCAGGCAAAUGCGUUUACAGCGACGAUGAAGUAGCUCGUACAAGCGACCUCAACAGACGCCUAAGUUCCAGCGCACCCCCUAUAUCCCUGCCAAGCUCAAAAUCUAGGAAAUUUUACACGGACGAAAAUAAUAAUCGUUCAUCUGAUGAUCAGCCGUCUUCUCGACAAUAUGUUUUCGGAGGUGGUAAAAGAGCAAAGUCCUCUUCUCCAGGAUCUCCGUCCGAUGCUCCCUUUUUCUGCGAUGAUCGCCGCAGCCAAGAUCCAGUUGAUCCGUGUGGAUUUUCUUGCGGAGCUGCAUGUCAAAAUUCUUUCCAAGAGCUGCGCUUACGGGAGCUCUCUUGCGCUAUCGAUCAAAUGGCAGAACUGUCGGUAGAUGGCGUGUGCGAGAUGCUUGAAGAGAUAGGCUGCGGGGAGUAUCAAGAAGUGUUUCGAAAGAAUUGUAUUUCUGGCGAUGCCUUACCGCUGCUGGCGGAGCACCAUCUUGUCGAAAUGAUGGGCUUAAAGCUUGGUCAUGCCCUGAAGAUUAUUGCCCAGAUACACCGUCGCCUAGGAAACCAUUGUUUCCUGAUGACCAAUCAGCUUCCUGCGUUUCGCCAUGCCUCCCCAAUCGAUUACCUCUGCCUCAGAAAGCAAGCGGCGACACCGAACGGACAGUCGGAUAACAUUACAACGCCGGCAAGAGUCGCUAAAGAGGCUGAAAUUAAAAAGGUUGCAGAAAACGAAAAAGUUCCCGAAAAUACUACUGCGGAAUGAUUUUAUUCUGUUGUUGAGGCAUGUUCGACUUUAGAACUUUAAUAUAUCUUGCUAAGAACCUGUAUUCCACACUGGAAAAAUCCAGUUGUCUAGCUAUUUUGUCAAAUUAAUUUCAUUAUAUAUUUGGGCCACUUAAAAGUAGAAAUUUAUAUCUUACCUCAUGCUUUAAGUGGCUGCGUGUAAUUCUGUUUAAAAUGUUGUAAAUGUUAAUUUAUAAUGUGGCACAAGACACGCAUAUUUCCACAUAUAUAGCUUACUGUGAAAGCGAAUCUUCCAUUUCGUAUUAUAAAGACACGGACCGUCACCGUUUCUUCACAAUUUUGUUUCUUCAUUUUUAUUUUUCUUCACUCCUAGCCCUACCAAUAUAACAUACCCACGUUAUAUUGCUGCCUUACUGGGCAAAUGUAACCAAAUCCCUAAUACGUUCUCACUGCGGGGUAACUUUUUUAGGUUACAAUUCAUAUCCAUUAAGCCUAUUUUGUAAAUACGACUUACAUACCCAGGAAUACUCUUCAUUUGUUUAUUAUCAGUUCGCUUUGAAAGUUGUUUACGUUGUGCAAUGUUUUCUUUAUUUUUCACGCGUUCCUUUUGUGAUCUUCAUUCAUUUGAGAAUAAAAUUUUCAAAUUUGUAAACUAA